AUUAUUCAGAUCCCACAAUAACUUAUUCUUAUUCAAGUUAUUGCAAGUAUGGCCUGCACGACUAGACUUUACACUACUGUCUGGCUGCACGACUAAAUUUAGGGGGAGUGGCUGAAGCAAAGAAAGCUGAAGUGAAAAGAUGAACAAGUUAGCCUCGUUGUGUGCUUCGUGUAGAGCGCUACUUGGCAGUUUGGUGCCUGUAAGACACAGUACUAGCGGAAGCUUCACGCCUGGUAAGGUGCUGGUUGUCCAGAAGAGAAGCAGACUAGACUAUGAGAGAAGGAGAGGGAACCUGUCUGACACAGAGCUCCAGUCCAAGCUCACUGAGAUGGGGUCUGACUACCAGAGGCUGAUGGAGAAGCACUCCAUCCACCACCGGAGCAUUGACCAAGUGCUCACAUUCUUACAAUCAGAGGGUGUUCCCCUGCGGCUGCGUGGUAGGGACGGAUACAGUGCCGAGGAUGUGCAGUGGGCAGACACCAUCUUCUCUCUGGGGGGAGACGGUAACUUCCUCUACACUGCCUCUAAAGUGCUCACACCUGAGAAGCUGGUCAUUGGUCUGAACACAGACCCCCGCUCCUCUGAGGGGUACCUGUGCCUGCCCUCGUCCCCCCGCACCUCACUCAAGGACACACUGGAGGGGAUAUUCCGGGGACGUGUACCGAGGGCACAGCGGACCCGGAUCAGGGUGUGUGUGGGUGAUAAGAUCCUCCCAGUGAGGGCCCUCAAUGAAGUGUACAUGGGAGAGACCAGCCUAUCGCAAGCUUCCUCGUACGAGCUCUCCUCUGAUGACUCCGCCCCCGAGAGACAAAAGAGUUCCGGAGUUAUUAUCUACACAGGAACAGGGUCCACCUCAUGGGCGUACAAUAUGAAUCAGUUGACUACAGGUCAGGUGACUAGUCUACUCUCGCUGGCCGGGGAUGUGGGUGUGGCCACAAACACUCUACACCAACAGGACAUCAUAGAGAGAGUCACCAGGCAAUACAAUGCUGGGAACGUGUUUCGAGGAUGGGAGAAUAAGAUGGCGUUUGUCGUGAGGGAGCCGAUAGUGAGAGGACUAUUUGCAGCUGUGAAGACACGGGGAUAUGCUCAAAUAUUAAGACUUCGGUCCAGCAGCUGGCAUGCUUGUCUGAUAGUGGACGGUGACUUCCAGUUUGAGUUGCCUCGAGGCAGUGAGUCCACCUGCUCCCUGCACUGUCAAGACCUACUCACAACACUAGACACCACAAGAACCAAUGACUGCUUCUCCUAGCUUUGUGUCUGUGUCUGUGUACGUGUUAUUACUUUGUGUUAAUUAUGAUUAUAUUCUAGUGAACAAUAAUUAUCAUCUCUCUACAUUUCUAUAUACAGUUAGAUUCGUUGAGGAGGCGUAUUUACUUCUAUUUUAUGUACUUAACUUACAUUUUUAUUCUACAGUA